CCCGCUGCUCCCCGCUCCCCCUCUCCCAUGGCGGAGACCAAGAUCAUCUACCACAUAGACGAGGAGGAGACCCCCUAUCUGGUGAAGCUGCCCGUCCCGCCGGAAAAAGUCACUCUGGCCGAUUUCAAAAAUGUCCUCAGCAACCGGCCCGUGCACAGCUACAAGUUCUUCUUCAAGUCCAUGGACCAGGACUUCGGGGUGGUAAAGGAGGAGAUCUCAGAUGACAAUGCAAAGCUACCUUGCUUCAAUGGAAGAGUGGUGUCCUGGCUGGUCCUGGCUGAAAGCUCCCACUCUGACACAGGCUCCCAGUGCACCGAGAGCCACACAGACCUUCCGCCACCCAUUGAGAGAACAGGCGGCAUUGGAGACUCCCGGCCUCCAUCAUUCCACCCAAAUGCUGCCAGCAGCCGGGAUGGCCUGGACAAUGAAACAGGAACAGAGUCAAUUAUUAGCCACCGGCGAGACAGACAUCGACGGAGAAAUAGAGAAGGGCAUGAGGAUGUCCCUCGGAUCAAUGGCCAUCCGAAACUGGACAGACACCGUGAGCACCCUCCUGGUUAUGACAGCUCUUCUACCAUGAUGAGUAGUGAGCUGGAAUCCAGCAGCUUCAUUGACUCUGAUGAUGAUGACAACACAAGCAGGUUGAGUAGCUCCACUGAGCAAAGUACUUCAUCCCGGCUCAUACGGAAGCAUAAACGCAGGAGGAGGAAACAAAGGAUGCGGCAGAUUGACAGGUCAUCUUCGUUCAGCAGCAUCACUGAUUCAACCAUGUCCCUAAAUAUCAUCACUGUCACACUCAACAUGGAAAAGUAUAACUUCCUGGGAAUCAGCAUUGUAGGACAGAGCAAUGACCGGGGUGAUGGUGGCAUAUACAUUGGCUCUAUUAUGAAAGGAGGGGCUGUGGCAGCAGACGGCCGAAUUGAACCAGGAGACAUGCUUCUGCAGGUGAAUGAUGUCAACUUUGAGAACAUGAGCAAUGAUGAUGCAGUACGGGUUUUACGGGAAAUCGUCUCCAAACCAGGACCUAUCAGCCUAACAGUAGCCAAAUGCUGGGACCCUACUCCCAGGAGUUACUUCACCAUCCCCAGGGCUGAACCAGUGAGGCCAAUUGACCCUGCAGCAUGGAUCUCUCAUACCACAGCCAUGACGGGAGCGUACCCCCGUUACGGUAUGAGCCCCUCCAUGAGCAUCACCACAUCUACCAGCUCCUCACUAACAAGCUCAAUUCCCGAUUCGGAAAAAUUAGAAGAAUCUCCCUUAACUGUGAAGAGUGACAUGGCUACUAUUGUCAAGGUUAUGCAGCUACCAGACUCAGGCCUUGAAAUCCGGGAUAGGAUGUGGUUAAAAAUUACCAUCUCCAAUGCAGUGAUAGGAGCAGAUGUGGUUGACUGGCUUUACACACACGUGGAAGGCUUCAAAGACCGACGGGAAGCUAGAAAAUAUGCCAGCAGCAUGUUAAAACAUGGCUACCUCAGGCACACUGUGAACAAAAUCACCUUCUCGGAACAGUGCUAUUAUGUCUUUGGAGACCUCUGUGGCAAUAUGGCUGCACUGAACCUUAACAAUGGUUCUAGCGGAGCCUCGGAUCAGGAUACCCUUGCUCCACUUCCGCAUCCUGCUGCUCCCUGGCCAUUAGGCCAAGGAUACCCGUAUCAGUAUCCUCUGCCCCCUCCGUGUUUUCCACCAGCAUACCAAGACCCAGGCUUUAGCUAUGGUAGUGGCAGUGCAGGGAGCCAGCAAAGUGAAGGAAGCAAAAGCAGCGGCUCGAACCGAAGCAACAGCGAGAACAGCAGGAGAGCUCUUGGCAGAGAGAAGGACCGCAAGUCGGCUGGCAGCGGCAGCGAGUCUGACCACACUGCCCGCAGCGGGGGCGGCGCCAGUGUCGUGCGUCGGGAGAGGCCUGUCAGCCAGCUCAGCCACCGGAGUCACGUCUCUGCCACCCACAGCGAGAGAAGCCACCACAGCCAUCAUUCUUACGGGCCUCCAGGAGUCCCACCCCUCUACAGUCUCCCCAAGCUGGGCUCCAAAGUCUACGGGACGAGCGGACCCCCUGGAGGGCCCCCCGUGAGGGAACUGAGCUCUGUUCCGCCAGAGCUGACGGGCAGCCGGCAGUCCUUCCAGAAGGCUAUGGGCAACCCUUGUGAAUUCUUUGUCGACAUCAUGUGAGAGGAAGUGC